AUGAGUGUGAGGUGGGAGACGGAGGGACUCCAGACUGUUGGCAUCGUCUGCCUGGUGAUCAUGUUCCUCAAACUGAUGCACCUGCUGGGCCUGAUCGACAUCACUGAGACCGACAGCAGCGACAGUGACCUGGAGCUGUCGACGGUGCGUCACCAGCCGGAGGGUCUGGACCAGCUGCAGGCCCAGACCAAGUUCACCAGGAAGGAGCUCCAGUCCCUCUAUCGUGGCUUCAAGAAUGAGUGUCCCAGUGGAAUGGUUGAUGAGGAGACAUUCAAGACCAUCUAUUCUCAGUUCUUUCCCCAAGGAGAUGCAACCACGUACGCGCACUUCCUGUUCAACGCAUUUGACACCGACAGAAACGGUUCUAUCCGCUUUGAGGACUUUGUCAUCGGCCUGUCGGUGUUGCUCAGAGGUUCGGUCACUGAGAAGCUCAACUGGGCCUUUAACCUCUACGACAUCAAUAAGGACGGCUACAUCACCAAAGAGGAGAUGCUGGCGAUUAUGACGUCAAUCUACGACAUGAUGGGGAGGUACACCUACCCCUGUGUGCGGGACGAAGCGCCCUCUGAACACGUGGACAAGUUCUUCCAGAAAAUGGAUAAAAACCGAGAUGGUGUAGUGACCAUUGAAGAGUUCAUCGAGACCUGUCAGAAGGACGAGAACAUCAUGAACUCCAUGCAGCUGUUUGAGAACGUGAUAUAAGCCGGCCCCACUGCAAAACUCACACACAGACACACCUCACCCACCUCACCCACGCCUCAAGCUCAUCCUGGCAAAUAAUGUAGGUGCGGUAAAGACACAGGAACUAGACGUUUUGGUUUGUUUUUCUAA